UGGCUGCUACUUGUGCUUGGAGCAACUGCAGUGUAUGCAGUAUGCAUGUUCAUGAGCAGUAAUUACUGUACUUUACCUAUGUUAAAUAUCCAGUUUUUACUUUCUAUGAUGAGGAGUAUUUUGAAUAGUCACAGGGAUGUUCUCUAAAGUUGAAUCAAUAAAAAAAUGAUAUUUGUUUGGCUGAUUCCAGAUUGUAGAUAUGCUAGAGUAAAAGUGGUAAAAUUUAUUACAUGAUUGUACAUGAAGAAUUAAGCUCCAGUAACUCCACCCACACAGCUUGUACCAGUUAUUGAUAGGACCAAAGGACUAUGGAAAUUUUGCGCAAACUCAGCAAACACGCCUCAGUGCAUGGGCAACUAUCAGCAAGGUUCCUCAGUUGCCCUGUUAGACCAAGUGAUAAAGAGGUGAAGAUAAAUUUUAAUGCAACACCUUCAGAGGUAAAACCGUUUGACAGUAUACCAGGACCUAAAUCAUUUCCUGUCAUAGGAACUCUAUAUAAAUACCUACCUGUGAUAGGAGAAUAUCAGUUUGACCGUUUACAUAAGAAUGGUCUAAAAAAGCUACUUAAAUAUGGACCUUUGGUGAGAGAAGACAUAAUUCCUGGAGUCAAAGUGGUUUGGGUUUUCUCCCCAGAUGACAUAAAAAAGGUCUAUGCUUCUGAAGGACGAUACCCAUCACGACGGACCCACUUAGCUCUUAAGAAGUACCGGGAAGAUCGACCCCACAUAUACAAUAAUGGAGGUGUACUUCUCAGUGAUGGUGAGGAGUGGUGGCGGAUGCGCUCAGUGUUCCAGCGAAACCUCAGUAAACUCCAGGAUGUGCGUUUACACUUGCCUGUAACUGAUACAAUCAUGGAAGAAUUUAUCCAGUUUGUUACCAAAUCACCUGACAUUACAGACUUAGUGCCCAAGCUCUCCCGUUUGUAUCUGGAAUUGACAUGUAUGAUCGCAUUCUCCACUAGACUGCAAUGUUUCUCUGAAGCUGAGCAGGACCCUAACUCUAUCACAAGUCAGCUGAUGCAGGCUGCAUUUUCUGUUACCAGCUGUGUUCUAAAGACUGACAAUGGUCUGCAGUUGUGGCGAUACUGGCGUACACCAAUGUACCGCAAGUUGGAGAAAUCUGUUAAGAUUAUUGAGAAGAAAGCAAUUGAGCUGGUGGGGAAACUAAAACCUGGUGAAAACGUAUCUCUGGUCUCUCAAUACCUCACAUUUCCUGAGUUACAUAUAAAGGACAUUCACGCCAUGAGUGUUGAUAUUAUACUGGCUGGCGUUGACACUACAACGUACACUUCUUGCUUUGCCCUGUAUUAUCUGGCUACCAACCCUGAGAAACAGGAGAAACUGCAUCAGGAGGCACAUCAAUUGCUGCCCUCAUCACAGGACAUUGUGACUGCUGAUGUGAUUGAAAAAGCUCUCUACGCUCACUCAGUCGUCAAGGAGACUUUACGGCUCAGCCCUGUGUCAGUUGGGAUUGGCAGGGUAUUGCCGAAGGAUGUAGUCCUCUCUGGAUACGAUGUGCCUGCAGGGACAGUGGUUGUAACUCAGAACCAAGUAAUUUGUCGCCUAGAAGAAUUCUUCCCUCAACCAAAUGAAUUUGUCCCUGAGCGAUGGCUGAGGAAUACUCCAACUUACGUGCGUGCUAACCCUUAUCUAGUAUUGCCCUUUGGUCAUGGACCACGCGCUUGCAUUGCUAGACGCCUUUCUGAGCAGAAUCUACAGGUGCUACUACUAAAGUUGAUUCGAGACUAUAAAGUGACGUGGCAUGGAGGAGAAAAUCUCGGCGUCCGCUCUCUUCUCAUCAACAAACCUGACCAGCCUGUACUAAUCGGAAUGACCAGAAGACACAGCAGCUCCUCUUAAUUUCCUUACAGUACUAAUUUAUUCUUUUAAUAAAGAACAUUAUGACAAUUUUGUAUUUUAUAAUAAAAAUUUGAUUUUA